AGACCGAAGACCUGCAGUGAACCUUCUGCAUCUCUCACUCUGAUUCUCACUUUCUUUCACUCUUCUUCUUCUUCUUCUCCUCCUCCAUAUUCUAUCAUAUAUUCUCAUGUCUGAAUGUUUCUGCUAUUUAAAGACCACCAGCAUGGAGGAGUCCUUGCACUGUUCACCAUCUCUGGAGGAGAGUUUGAGCAGCAGUGAGGAAGAGGAGGAGGACUGUGAGCAGAUGAUCACACACUCAGACCGGAGGAAGAGACUGAGCUCCAGCUCGGGGAACUGGACAGGAAGUUCAUCGCUGGUUAAAAAGAGGAAAAAAGCGAGAGGGGUCAACAUCCACCCGCCUGAAGACACGCAGAAACAGAGGGUUCUGGCCAACGUCCGAGAGAGACAGAGGACUCAGUCCCUCAACGAAGCCUUCGCCUCCCUGCGCAAGAUGAUCCCGACCCUGCCCUCAGACAAACUCAGCAAGAUCCAGACUCUGAAACUGGCCUCCAGGUACAUCGACUUCCUCUACCAGGUGCUGCAGAGCGACGCCACGGAGAGCAGGAGCUACGCCUGCAGCUACGCCGUGCAGGAGAGGCUGAGCUACGCCUUCUCCGUCUGGAGGAUGGAGGGAGCGUGGGCCAUGUCCUCCUCAGAGCAGAGCGGCAACUGCUGACACUACUGACAACUACUGACCACCACUGACGCUGCUCUGUGUUGGGUACCAUCAUGUAAGUUCAUUCUGGACUGGAAAAUAUAAUACAACUCUGAAAAAAAUAUAAAAAAUCAAGAGAGCAC